AUGGGAUACGCAAGAAGAGGGGACAAAUACAGAUUUAUAAGCGCUCUAGCUGCCGGAACACCUGGAUUUUCGAUGCAAUACCAACUAACUCUUGCAGAUAGAAGUCGUAAUAACUCACUGCACCCUGUUUAUAUUUAUCUCUUUUGUGGCUGGAAAACUGCAUGGAGAUUACUGUAUCGACCAGCCUCGGAGAGUGAUCGAAACUUUAUCGAUAAUUUAAUGGAGAAUUGUGGGGCAGAACGAAUCCAUGAUUUGGUGAAAGGCGACAUUCAAGAUAUUUACUCUUUUAUAAAUCGAAUGAACGAUAUCGUGAAUCUGCUGGAGCGAAUUUGUACCAAAACAUAUAUCAUGGAAUCAGGAUGGGAAAUAAUAAGGCGCCUUGGCCAAACAAAUCUGACGCGACCAGAUUUAUCUUAUUGUACUUAUCAAACAGUAACUCUUCAUGAAAAUUUCAUCUUUGACCGCCCACUUACUGUAACUGUGGCGAUUAAUAUCAAGGAGCGAGGAGUACAUUUUCAUCAGAUGACAGUCGACAAUAUCAAAAAUUGCGAAUACGUCCUUCAAAACAACGAAUUCACCAAUGCAUCGGAAUCAGACUAG